UUACCUCUGGCGGGAAGAGUUGUCAACAUGGCGCAACAAAAAGUAACAGAAUUCUUUAGUUCAACCAAAAAGAGAAAUGGGAACGUCAGUGCAUCAAAACGUCGGAAAAUAGAAAUUCCUGUUACUGACUCUACUACCACAGAAUCAUUGAAGAAUAAAACUAUGUUAAAAGACCAUACAAAAAGUAGUGAUAAUUUUAUCAUCACAGAAGAAGUAACUUCAGUGUGGGAUGAUUCAAACCCAAACGGAAGUGAAUUUACUACUCCUAGGAAAAGAAUGAUUGUUGAAUCAGAUAUCAGUUCAGUGAGUUCUAAAUCUCGUAUAAAACUUCAUAUUAAAAAAGUUAACAAUAAAUAUGAACAAAUCACACCAUCAGACAUUGUUCCUAAUGUUAAUAAACCCCAGUCAGCUAAAAAGAAGCUGGAUCUUACCUCUGCCUCCAAGAUCAAGAUCAGUUCAACACCAUCAGCUGGCACAUCUGUGACUACAAAGGCAGAUGAUGAUGCUGCUGACAAAGAAGUGUAUGAUCUGUUGUCUAGUAAGUCACAUCUAUUGAGUCUUGUGACACAAGUUUCUAGACCAGAGGUUGCUUUGUCACCUUUACCUGUCACUCCAAAGGAAGAUAAAGAAUGCAGUCCAUCCCCAGAGCCAGUGGUACCAAAGCUACAGAAUUUGACAGCGAAACUAAAGUCUUUGAGUAAAAUGAAUGGACAAGCUUUAAAAAAUCGUCUCAAGCAAAGCGGGAAGAUCAGUGAAAUCAAAAACAAACUGAAAGGAUUAGAUACAGUUUUGGAAAAUAAUAAAGAUCUGACUCAGGGGGUGAAAGCUGCUCCUCCAGAAACCUCUGCAGAAAAAGUUUUGCCAGCUCAUGAAAGAUUUGAGCACCUGACAGAGGAAGGAAUCCCAACUCUUUCUUUACCUUUCACCUACAAACAAUUGGAAGGUGGUUUCCAAGCCAUGGACCAGGUCAUCAGCAUGUUGCAUAACCGCUCAGAAAUUUGCACUUUUAGUAAAUUACGGGCAGCUGUUCAGAACAUAACUAGAAAGAACUUUGAAGAGAGAACAGUUGGACAGAUUAAAACAAUAGUUCCAGAUGCAUACAUAUUCCAGCAGGAGAAAAUUUUAGACUUUGACAAAAAGACACAUAUGUACUCUCUUACUAUAGAGCCAAACCUAAAAAAUGAGAAACAAAUUGAUGGAAAGUCUAACCAGUUGACUGCAGAAGGCAAGCUCAUGUUUUCAGCCUCCCUGCUGUUGAAGAGAAAGCGCUUAUUUAGAAAUAACCUUCUUGAGUAUUUAAAACAACUUCAUAAGGAUUUUUUAGCUUCACUAGAUGUGCCAAUUAUUUUACCAAGUGAAAAACUUGCACGCUGGCAUCCAAAAUUCCAACUUGAUAAAGUACCUGAAGUUACAGUUUCUCCUUUGCCACAACCUCCAGAUGUCAGAGUGUAUCACACAGCUAAAGAUGUUUUAGAGCACCAGAAGGGGAAACUUAUAAAUCCCAUGGUCGAAAAGGCCUUUGCAAAAGUAGUUGCUGAAAAUGAAGAAUUAUUGAAGAAGGCAAACUCCCAGAACCUAAAUCAAGCAUCAGCAGAGACAAGCAAGACACCAAUGAAAGGAAUUCCACCAGCCCUACUAGCCAAAAUUCGUGCCAAGGAAGCUCAAAGGCUUGAGGAUGAACUAACCAAAAAACCUGAAGAAGAUUACAAAAUGAAAAUUAUGAAACGUCUUCCAGAAAUUAUUAGAAUACUCAGAACCUACUUUGUAACCGAGAAAAAGCCUGCAUUGCCAAUAGAAGAAAUUUACAAGAAACUGGGAGAUAGCCACAAAAGUGGCAUGUCACAACGAGACUUUGAACAGCACAUCAACUUAUUAAAAGAGCUGGCACCAGACUUAAUUUCAGUUGUAGAAAUAAAAAGAGGCAAAUUUCUGAAGCUUGAUAGAAAUAUUGAUGUACAAUCUGUUACCAACCGUAUUCUCAAUCUCACCAAAGUCAAAGAUAGUUAAUUACUCACCCACAAUUUUUACAUUUAUCUUGUUUUCUUUUAAAUGGUGGAAACUUUUAUCGCAGUAAUUAAUAAUAACUAUUAAUGAAACUUUUAGAAAAGUUAGUUUCGGUUUUAUAUCUUUAAUUGAAUCUGUGGUGUUGCUUUUUUUUUUUUUCUUGGGAUAGGAAGCAACAAUUCUAGUAAAAGUGAUUUUCCUUAAACAUUUCCUGAUAAUAAAAAAUAAUGUUAUUAUAAUUUUACAUGGUGUGCUGCACAUUUCUGUAAUUUAAUGGGGGUUUUUUUUUUUCUUUUUUUUAAAUGUUAGGUUUGUUAGAUUUUGAACCAAAUAUUUUUAAACACCCAACUGUUUCUAUUGCUAACAUAUCAAAUUAUUAUCAGUAUUAUUUAAACCAUGCAAAAUAUGUCAAGUCAUUUGUUAAUGUACAUUAAAUAUUUAAAAAAUAAUUUUUACCUCUUGUCUUAGUAUCUUGCGUGUACACAUUGAAUUGGACAGAAAUUAUUUUGUACACAUUUUACUUUGCUUUAGAAUCUCAGAUCUCUAGAUUAUUUCAGAAUAGGUUUCAAAUUUUUAUUUAUAAAAUUGUCUUAGUAUUUUAUCAUAAACUUUUAUGGUAGAGUUUUUAACAUUGUAAAUUUAUUUAGCAUGUUAUAUAUUUAAUUACUACAUGUUAAUAUUUCAUUUCAUAUACUUGUUUUGUUUAAAUAAUUUUUAUAAUUUUUAAACUUAGUCUACCAGUUUAAUGUUCAUUUUGAUACAUUUAUUAAAAUCUAUGAUUUUCGAAGCACAAGGAGUUAUAUUUUUGUAGAAAUAGAAACAUUUUAUACAUUUUAAGAAAUGGAUGCUCUUGUUUCUUGAAAUUUUCUAAAUUAUUGUAAACCUUACAAAUAAAUUACUGCUUUAUCAUGUAAAACACUAAUUUUUGUUUUCUGUAUUAAA